AAAUACAGGCCUGGGGAACUCAUAUUUCUUUCCUUCCUCUGUAAUUAACCGCUGCUGGACUCUCAUUGUAAUGUCAGGCCUUAACAUAACACUAGGUUAUUUCAUCAGUGUGGUGGUAGUAUGUGGAUUUGCCAAAGCUCUGGCGACACAAUGGAGGCCACAGUGGAGUUUUCUGUCUGAGUUUAUUGCAGCUUUUGCACUUGCAGCAUGCCGACUGGAAGUGCAAACCAUUUCUGAGAUAGGUCAGUGGGCUGGAGGCCUGGGGCAGGAUGUUACCCUCACCAUGCUUUUCCUUGCAUUAACUGUCCAUGGAGUCAUCAUGCAAGGAGUCACCGGAAACCCUUCAGUUACUCUGAUGGGGUACUUACAAAAAGAGAAAGGUGCAGUAUCAUCUUCUCUCACCAUAGCAGGUCAGCUCGGAGGUGCCCAGCUUGCCCUGCUCUUUGCUGGAUGGUAUUGGGCGAUGGAGCUCACAGACAUGCAUAUGAUCAAAGUCAUGAUGAUGACUCAGUGCACUUCAUCACUAAAUGUACCCCUAAUACAGGGGACCAUCACAGAGGUCGUAAGUGCACUGUUUUUCCACCUAGUGGACCUUAGCCUUUGCCACAGGUCACAGCUGCUCCGUAUUCCCAUCCUGGCUCUGCUGCUCACCUUCCUCUAUUACACAGGAAACAAUUACACUUCUGCUUAUGUGAACCCAUCACUUGCUUAUGCGCUUACAUUCAAUUGUCCUGGACACACCUUCUGGGAGUAUGCUGUAGUCUACUGGUUUGGGCCCCUUAUUGGUAUGACCCUGGCCUUGCUUCUCUACAUGGGUAACAUCCCUUUGCUUUUCACCAAGAACCUGCUUUUCUCAAAAAAGACACGCCUUCGGCUUCCAAAAAGAAAAACAUCUGAAGAAAAAAAUUCAUGACACCCUGUGCAUUAACUUCCAAUUAUAUAUUUCCACUUUAAUGCAGAAUUCUGACAUGCCGAAGAUACAUCCUAAGUUUAGAAUAUUUAUUUUCAAGAAGGAAAAAACUAAAUUUUAUAUCUUUUGCAAAAAUAAAAUAUGCAUG